AUGGCGCUGGUUCAAAAGUACGGGAAGCCAGACAUUUUCCUUACAAUGACAUGUAAUCCAGCGUGGAAGGAGAUUCAAGAGAACUUGAAAUACCAUGAAAAAUCACAAGAUCGGCCAGACCUUCUAGCUAGAGUUUUUAGAGCCAAGUUUAAAAUGCUUAAAGCAGAAAUCCUGAAUAAGCAAAUCUUUGGUGAAGUUGCAGCGUGUGUUUAUGUGAUUGAGUUUCAGAAGCGGGGAUUUCCUCAUGCCCAUUUAUUAUUGAUCUUAAAACCUGGUCAUAAACUACUUAACCCGGAGUCAUAUGACAAAAUAGUUUGUGCUGAGCUGCCCGACAAAGAUCGCUAUCCUCACUUGUAUUCUCUUGUUAUCAAACAUAUGAUCCAUGGCCCUUGUGGGACCAUGGAUAAAUCUUGCCCUUGCAUAAGAGAUGGAACCUGUAAAAAUCGCUAUCCAAAGAACUUUUGUGCUCAAACGACCCAUGGUGAGGAUACUUAUCCAUAUUACAGAAGAAGAGAUGACGGCAAGAGUAUCAGAGUUCGCAGAUUUACUCUUGACAAUAGGUGGGUUGUGCCAUAUAACCCUUACCUACUUGCUUUAUUUGAUUGCCACAUCAACGUGGAAAUCUGUUCGACUCUUAAACUCGUGAAGUACUUGUAUAAGUAUGUUUUCAAAGGACAUGAUCUGGUGAGCUUUAAGAUUAUUUCUUGUGAAUCAGUCAAUGAUGUUGAUGAAAUAAGAGACUUUCAGAAAGGUAGAUGGGUUUCACCUCCGGAAGCUUUUUGGCGCAUUUAUGAAUUCAAACUCAGUGAAAUGACUCCAGCAGUUUACACUCUUCAAGUUCACCUUCCAGACCAGCAAUUUGUUUCCUUCGACAAGCAUUCUGACCUGUUGCAAUUACUGAGCAAAGUUGAUUUUUCUAAAACAAUGUUAACUCAGUUUUUCCACAUGAACAGAACAAAUCAAAGAGCACAAACCCUGAAAUGCUUCUAUAGAGAUUUCCCUGAACAUUUUGUCUGGUCUCCCAAAUAUAAAGAGUGGACUGAACGAAAGCGUAGAAAAGUCAUUGGCCGGAUGGUGACUGUUAGUCCGAAAGAAGGAGAGAGGUAUUAUUUGAGGUUGCUUUUAACUCACAUUGCUGGACCGACGCCUUUUGAAGCCCUUUUGUCUGUUAACGGACAGAGAUUAGCUUCGUUUAGAGAGUCCGCUUUAGCUCUCGGCCUUCUGCAGUCUGAUGCGUACAUAGAGGACACACUUCAGGAAGCAGUGGCGUUUCAAAUGCCGUCCUCAUUGCGUCUAUUGUUUGCCACUCUCCUUGUGUACUGUUCUCCCACGAAUCCUAGGUUGCUUUGGGAGAACUUUGAACUCGACCUUUCUGCCGACUACCAUCACCGGCAGUAG